GGAAGAGAUCCAGAAGGUCCAGACGGCUUGGAGGAGGACAAGGCCCCCCAUCUCGUCACGGCAUGGCGUUUGGAUGAGGAUGGCCAGAGAGACAUGGUGGGAGAUGUGACCUAUGCACUAGACGAGGUUCUCUGGCUUGCAGGUGGGGGAUUCCAUACCACAGAUGGAACACCUGUGGACAGCUUCAUGGCUACGAUGAAUGCGCAAACGUUCGCCUACUUUGCUGUGGCAUACUGGUAUUCUGUGCUGGAAUGGGUUGGUAAAAAAACGGGCCUCAUUCUUUAA